AUGGCCUAUUCCCCUGCGCGCGCGUCGUCGCCCGCCGCCUCUCAAAGAGGCUCUGACUCGGACGCCAGCUACUGCUCUAGCGACGGCUCUGACCUCGUCGACUACGUCGCCGACCUCUCCCUCGCGCACACCUUCCCCCGCACGCAGUACCUCCGCCAGCACUAUUACGCGGCUCCCGACCGGCACCCGAGCGCGCGCAUGCUGUGGGUGGCGCGCGACGCAAGCGCGGCGUGGGCGCGCGCGGUGGCGACGCGCGACUGGGGGGCACUCGACAAGCACGCCAUCGAGCUCGCGGUGUUUGACAAGGCGUACGAGCUGAACCAGGCGCAGUGGCCGCGCCGCAAGAACCCCAGCCAGCUGGGCUGGGAGGCUCACACUGACGGGUUGGCGAUGGAGGCGUACAACGCUGCGGCGCGCUCCCUGCACCCCCUGCGCGCACGCAUGCCCCCACCCGAGCCGAUCCUCCGGUUUUGCCGUCUCGCCCUCGACCUGUGCGCAGCUCCGCUCAUCGACGCCGGCCCUGUGCGACCUCGCUUGGCGCUGCUGCCAGAUGCCGACCUCGGCAGGCUCCUUGGCGCUUACGACCCGCUUGUGCGCCACGCGGCCGGGCUUGCGCAGGACCUGAAGGGCGCUGGCCCGGGAGUCCCGUUUGUGUUCAACGAGGCACACCUGGUGUGGAUGUGCGACGGGGACAGCGCCCACACCGCUGGCGCCUCCCAGCACGUCGACAAGGGGCACUGGGCGCACGUCCUGACGGGAGACGAAGAGGACGUGCCGGGGCUCACAUCGGGCAGCAGCGUUAUCAACGACAGCCCGCGGAGGCCGUCAGAUCGCGCCAGGGAUGCCUUUCCCCCCUCCGGAGAUGUUGGCGAGCAUGUGCACGUGCAUGAUCAUCCACCCGCCGACGCCGCCUUCUACCCCGGCGAUGCCGACGAUGCUGACCUCAGCAACGACUGCCGCAGUCAAGCUGAGCACCACACUGCCCCUGCCACGUGA